GCUAAAGGUCUGUGCGUCUCCCCGUCCACCAGGCGUUUGCCGAGGAGCUCCACGCCAGGGUGCGUAGGGAGCUGUGGGGCUACAGCGUGGAGGAGAACCUCCAGACAGAGGACAUGCACAGGAUCCGUUACGAGGGCAUCAGGCCAGCCGCAGGAUACCCCACCCAGCCCGACCACACGGAGAAGACCGCCAUGUGGACGCUGGGCGAGGUAGAGGAGAAGACGGGUAUCAAGUUGACUGAGUCUCUGGCCAUGACCCCAGCAGCAGCUGUCUCUGGGCUGUACUUCUCUCAUCCUAAAGCCACCUACUUCUCAGUGGGAAAGAUCACCAGAGAACAGGUGGAGGACUAUGCUGGGAGGAAAGAGAUGCCAGUGUCUGAGGUGGAACGCUGGCUGGGGCCAAUCCUGGGCUACGACACUGACUGACAGUGAUACUUCAACCAAUCCUGGGCUACGACACUGACUGACAGUGAUACUUCAACCAAUCCUGGGCUACGACACUGACUGACAGUGAUACUUCAACCAAUCCUGGGCUACGACACUGACUGACAGUGAUACUUCAACCAAUCCUGGGCAACGACACUAAUGCAUCCACAACCACUACCUAGAAAACAGACGCGCUGCUCAAUGGUCAUGUCUAGAUGGGAUACAGCUUUUGUCAAAUUGACGUCAAAAGUUGACAUAUUCUAACCCUUUUCCCAAACUUAACCCAAUUCUGCCUAACCUGCUAUGUUAAUUAUCCUAACCUGCUAUGUUAAUUAAUCUAACCUGCUAUGUUAAUUAUCCAACCUGCUAUGUUAAUUCUCCCUAACCUGCUAUGUUAAUUAUCCCAACCUGCUAUGUUAAUUAUCCUAACCUGCUAUGUUAAUUAUCCUAACCUGCCACGUUAAUUACCCUAACCUGCUAUGUUAAUUAUCCUAACCUGCUAUGUUAAUGAUCCUAACCUGCUAUGUUAAUUAUCCUAACCUGCUAUGUUAAUUAUCCUAACCUGCCACGUUAAUUACCCUAACCUGCUAUGUUAAUUAUCCUAACCUGCUAUGUUAAUUAUCCUAACCUGCUAUGUUAAUUAUCCUAACCUGCUAUGUUAAUGAUCCUAACCUGCUAUGUUAAUUAUCCUAACCUGCUAUGUUAAUUAUCCUAACCUGCUAUGUUAGUUAAUCUAACCUGCUAUGUUAAUUAUCCUAACCUGCUAUGUUAAUUAUCCUAACCUGCUAUGUUAAUUAUCCUAACCUGCUAUGUUAGUUCUACUAACCUGCCACGUUAAUUAUCCUAACCUGCUAUGUUAAUUAUCCUAACCUGCUAUGUUAAUUAUCCUAACCUGCUAUGUUAGUUCUACUAACCUGCCACGUUAAUUAUCCUAACCUGCUAUGUUAAUUAUCCUAACCUGCUAUGUUAAUUAUCCUAACCUGCUAUGUUAGUUCUACUAACCUGCCACGUUAAUUAUCCUAACCUGCUAUGUUAAUUAUCCUAACCUGCUAUGUUAAUUAUCCUAACCUGCUAUGUUAGUUCUACUAACCUGCUAUGUUAGUUCUCCUAACCUGCUAUGUUAAUUAUCCUAACCUGCUAUGUUAAUUAUCCCAACCUGCUAUGUUAAUUAUCCUAACCUGCUAUGUUAAUGAUCCUAACCUGCUAUGUUAAUUCUCCUAACCUGCUAUGUUAAUUAUCCUAACCUGCUAUGUUAAUGAUCCUAACCUGCUAUGUUAAUUCUCCUAACCUGCUAUGUUAAUUAUCCAACCUGCUAUGUUAAUUAUCCUAACCUGCUAUGUUAAUUAUCCUAACCUGCUAUGUUAAUUCUCCUAACCUGCUAUGUUAAUUAUACUAACCUGCUAUGUUAAUGAUCCUAACCUGCUAUGUUAAUGAUCCUAACCUGCUAUGUUAAUUCUCCCUAACCUGCUAUGUUAAUUCUCCUAACCUGCUAUGUUAAUUCUCCCAAACUUGCUUACGUUAAGUCUCCUAACUUGCUACAAAAAUUAAAUUCAGAAAAAUCUGCAUCCCUUCUAGACCCUGCUUAGGGCCAGAUAAUUACAAAAAACUUACACUUCAAGUGAAUCAAGGCUCAACUUUAAGGCUCAAGUUUAUUUUUUAUAGCUAUUUUCAAAAUGGCCACCUGUCAGUUAAGAAAUGGAGCUGUUUUUAUAUGGUCUUAACAUUUUACAGUUUUAAUAUAACAACUGUUGCCAAUGUCAUUUAUUCUUUAUUCUGGCAAUCACAAUCUUAGAUUUGAAUAAUUAACAGAUACAUAUGGUUUAUUUUCAGAAUUUGAUCAUUAGGGACAUAUUAGGUUCUAGAAGACGUACAUUUCCUCAGCAGUUUUUUUUAUUUGAGAUUGUAUUUAUGCUAAAUUAGAUACAACUUGUUUACAAAAUGUAUAAUUAGUAAAAAAAAAAAUGAUCUUCAUCACAAAAUGUUCACUUACUUGACACGACAUAUUAAUGUCUAAACCUCUAUAAAGGUACAUGUUUUUAAUGAAUGGUUAUUGUAAAUUACAGAUUUGAAUGAUUUUUGAAUUGUUUCACAAUUUUUGUCUUUCAAAGAAAUGUGGCCAAAAACUUAUUGACUGACCAGUUAUCAUUGUCAUUUUGCGAUGUUAUCGAUUUAUCCUGGAGGUGUCCACUAUUUCUGAAAAGAAGUCAUGAUUUAUUUUAUUUUAUGAAUGUUCUGAUAUUACAGUGUUUGAUCUGGAACCAUAUUCAUUUAGUAUAAAAUCAUUUACUCAC